AUGGGGUUUGUGAGAUAUCUGUCAUUAACAGAUAACGCGGUCCCGUCAGUGUACACCGUUGGUACCUCACAAAGUUUGACGCCCGUAACAAGAGAUGUGGCCUGUCAAUGUCAUGCACCAUCUUUGAAAAAUGUGUCGGUUCAAACGGAAACCCACAAGCAGAAAAGACGGAGUAAAGCUAUUCAGGUGAAGCCUUUCGGCCUCUCUGUUGGUGUGAGUGUUGGUACAGGUAUUGGAGCUCCGUGUCUCACUUCAACACCAAUUAAAAGGCCACGCGUGGAAGACACUGUGUUCGAUGAGAGCUCAACAUACACCUCAAAUCAGUGUUCAGAUGUCACCUAUGAGCCUGAUAUCACUCAAGAGAGCAUUGAAAAGGUUUGCCAACCACCAUACAAAGCCAGGAAAUACAUGGUGUAUGAAGACAAUUUGCUACAGCUGUUUCGGAAGUGUCAAGCAUGCUGCCAUACCUGCACAGUUGAGACAUUUGUAAAUGGGACAUUUGUAUCCAUCACGCAGAUCUGUUCACACUGCCUCAAAAAAACAAAGUGGAACAGCCAGCCACACAUCCAGAGUACACCAGCUGGGAAUUUGCAUUUGUCGGCAGCAGUAGCAUUCAGUGGGGCUUCAUUCAUACAGAUCCACAAGGUACUGUCAGCACUCUGUCUGGAAUGUAUAUGUCCCAGGACAUUUUUUAUUCAUCAGAAGAACUUUCUCCAGCCAACAAUUUUAUGGCACUGGAGGACUGAACAAAACACAAUGCUGGAGAUGGCAAGGCAUUCUGGAAAGGCCGUUGUCUUGGGUGGUGACAUGAGAGCUGAUUCCCCAGGACACUGUGCCAAGUAUGGAAGCUACACGAUGAUGAACCUGGAAGACAACAAGGUGGUGGACAUUCAAUUAAUCCAGAGUAAUGAAGUGGGUGCAAGUCCACGCAUGGAGCCUGAAGGGUUUUGA